UCUUGAAUCUUUUGAGGGAGCUAGAAGAAAGAUGUUGGAAGGCAAAGCUAUGAUAGAGGACUCAGACAUGCCAGUGAAGAUGCAGAUCCAAGCCAUGACUUCUGCUUCUCGAGCUCUUGAUCUCUAUGAUGUUGUUGACUGCAAAUCCAUCGCUGCCCACAUAAAAAAGGAAUUCGACAAGAUAUAUGGACCUGGAUGGCAAUGCGUUGUGGGUUCCAACUUUGGUUGUUUCUUCACUCAUUCUGAAGGGACUUUCGUCUACUUUGCAUUGGAGACACUCAAUUUUCUUAUUUUUAAAGCGGUUUCUGUUCCUUCUCCUUCUUCCCCUGGAUACUAUAAAUCUAGCUGAAAAAAAUGUCCCGUCACUUUAG